AUGGGUAGCCAGAAGCGCAUAGCCAAGGAGCUGGGCGAACUCGUCCAGUCCCCUCCGGAUGGAAUCACCGUCGAAUUGGCCGAUGAGUCAAACCUGUACGACUGGAAGGUUCACAUGGAGGGACCAGAAGGAUCUCCAUUUGAUAGCAUGGAGAUGGAAGAACAUAUCUCGCUUUCACUGAAAUCAAGCACGCUGACCUUGAUUUUCACCACGCAGAAAGGCAGAUUCCUUAUCAAGCUCACCCUCCCCACUGGAUACCCCUUCAAACCACCAACCGUCUCCUUCGCCACGAAAAUCUACCACCCAAACGUGACCAACGAUGACAAAGGGAGCAUGUGUCUAGGCAUGCUCCGUCCAGAUGAAUGGAAGCCCAGCUCCAAGAUUGCCGCCGUUCUAGAGUUCGCGCGACAGUUGCUUGCAGAGCCGAUGCCGGACGAUGCGGUCGAGGGGAGGAUCGCAGAGCAGUAUAAGAAUGAUCGGAAGCGCUACGAGGAGAUUGCGCGAGACUGGACAAGGAAACAUGCCACGUCGAAUGUGGAUUGUCGACCAUUCAAGAAAAUUGCUGCCAUGGCUAUCAUCUCCGACACAAUAACUCUACUCACCCACCACCUGCCCGGCAUCCUCCUCCUCGCCCUCAUCUUCCACCUAACACGUAACUACCUGACUCCAGGCGCAUCCGCUGUCCCAGGUCCAUUCUUAGCAAAGCUAUCGCAUAUAUGGCGCUUCAUAGACGUAGCCAAUGGUCGCGCAGAGAGAACAUUGUACAAACUACACCAGAAACACGGCGACUAUGUCCGUCUAGGCCCGAACGUGAUCAGCAUACGGGAUCUGGAUGCGCUGAAGAUGAUUUAUGGCAUUAACCAGGGCUAUAACAAAACGGAUUUCUACCGCGUGCAGCAGCAGAUGGCAAAGGGUAAAGCCACGCCCACGCUGUUCACAACAACGGAUGAGGACUUCCAUGCUGCUAUCAAGAGACCUAUCUCUGCGGCUUACUCGAUGAGCACGCUGACGGAGUUUGAGCCGUUUGUUGAUAAGACGAUACAUACUUUUUUUACGCGGAUGGAUGAGUUUGUGGCAAAGGAGAUGGUGUGCGAUAUCGCUAGCUGGUUGCAAUAUUAUGCCUUCGAUGUCAUCGGCGAGUUAACUUUCAGCAAGCCGCUCGGGUUCCUGGAACGGGGUGGUGAUGUGGACGGAAUAAUUGCUGCUCUGGAAAAGAUGUUGGACUACUCCGGAAAGAUCGGUCAAAUACCAUGGCUGGACUAUGUUUUCAUCAAGAACCCCCUUCGACAAUUUAUCCAAGGAAGCUCGACGGGUGCCGGGGCACGUUUUGCACGCACUCAACUAGACGAGCGUCUCCGACAGAUAGAAGAAACCGAUGACAAACCAGCACAUCCAUCUCAUAGAGACUUCCUAGAUCGCUUCUUAGAAGCGAAAAAGACGCAUCCGAAUAUCGUCAGUGAUAAUCAAAUCUUCUCAUACACGGUCAGCAACAUGGUUGCUGGCUCUGAUACAACAGCCAUCUCUCUUCGUGCUAUUCUCUACUACACGCUGAAAAGUACUCAAGUUACCGCGAAACUAAACCAAGAACUCACAGAUGCAUAUAAAGAGAAUCGAAUCUCGCUGCCCGUGUCUUGGAAACAGAGUCAGGAGCAACUACCUUACUUAGAUGCAGUCAUCAAAGAAGCACUGCGCCUCCAUCCUGCCGUCGGCUUGCUGCUAGAGCGCAUCGUUCCAGCAGAUGGACUCCAGCUUCCUCAUGACGGACCAUAUCUACCCGCAGGCACAAUUGUCGGCGCUAACCCGUGGAUUAUUCAUCGGACUUCGGUGUUCGGAGAUGACGUGGACGUAUUCAUUCCAGAACGGUGGCUACAGAAGGAUGGCGAGACUGAGACAGACUAUCACACUCGCAAACAGCAGAUGUUAAGGGCGACAUUCACAUUUGGAGCUGGGCCGAGGACUUGUAUUGGAAAGAAUAUUAGCCUGCUGGAGAUGUAUAAGUUGAUCCCGUCGAUGUUUCUCAGGUACAAGAUUGAGCUUAAAGACCCUGAUGCUGAGUGGGAGAUUGUAAAUGCUUGGUUUGUGCGGCAGAAGAAUAUGGAUGUUAAGUUAGCGAGGAGGGAUAUAGGACCAGUUUGA